AUGGAUCAAAAGCCACCCGACACCAGGUUAGCUACUCCGGAUAAUCCACAUGCCGCUGUUGAUUUGGAGCUGCUGGACAAUACAAAUUCUGGCGAUGUUGCCCAUCAAAGACACCGUAUUGCUGUGCAUGGGGGCACCAUGUGGAAUCAUGUCAUGAUUGUCUGUGCCGGAUUCGCUGUCAUGUUCACCACUUGCGCUUUUAUAUUUGCCUUUGGUGUCUACCAAGCUCUAUAUGAAGAGAUGGCUCAGGAAGCGCAUUCUCCUUUCGUAGGUCAAUCGACAGCUCUAAUUGGUUUGAUUGGAACGCUGGCCAUCGCUCUCAUGUCUAUGGGAGGUCCUCUGGCCAUGACAUGGGCCAAGCUCUGGUCCCCCCAAGCAGUCAUCGUUGCUGGAGGCUGGGUUUUUGGUAUUGCGUACAUUUUGGCCGGCUUCAGCCAACGUCUCUGGCAUUUUGCAUUGACCCAAGGCGUGCUGCUGGGCAUCGGAACCAGCAUGGCAUAUGUACCUACCAUGUCUGUCGCCCCGACCUGGUUCGAUCAGCGUCGUGGGUUGGCCAUGGGGAUCAUCAUCUCCGGCAGUGGCGUCGGAGGCAUGGAGCAGCUUCGGGUACAAAACCAGAGUCUCAACCGGCGAUGCGGAUGGAUCAAAGUGCCGUUGGUCAACUGGCGCGUGGCAAGUUCUGGACGGUUCAUCGCGCAGGCCUUGGGCUGCUUUCUUCAGUCGGCCGGUUAUUCGACUCCGUUGUUCUUCUACGCCGCCUAUGCGCGGACGUUGGGCUACAGCGCUGCGACUGCCGACAACUUUAUCGCUGUCAGCAACGCCUCGAAUUUUGUCUCCAGAAUCCUGAUCGGAUACGGCGCCGACAAGCUGGGGCGACUCAACGCGUUGGCAUUCACAACUCUAUUUAGUACCAUCGCCGUCUUCGCGUUCUGGCUGCCCUCCAUGUAUCAGGAGUCGACCGUGUCGCCGUCAAGCGCUCAUGGCUUAUUUAUCGUCUUUACCAUUCUCUAUGGAUCCUUCGCUAGCGCAUACAUCUCUCUUUUCCCGGCAUCUCUAAUUGAACUGUUCGGCGUGCAGCACUUUACCAGCGUCAACGGGGUCUUGUACCUCAUUCGAGGAAUGGGAGCAUUGAUCGGGACGCCGUUGACUGGAUUGCUGAUCCCUCAGUCUACCGCUUUGGUUUCUUCGAUCGUCUACGAGCGCGCGGGGAUCGUCUGCGGUGUUCUGCUUUUUGCAGCCACACUUGCCUGCUUUUGGGUGAGAAUUGAGGCAACUCUGGGCGAGUUAGGAAGAUGGAAGGCUUGA